AUGUCAUUAAUUAUUGAUAGCACGGAUCCGGAACGACAAAAAGCUGAUCUUGUAUUGUCCAACACAAGUCUACGCCAUGAAUUUGAAGAAUUAGAGACCAGUUUUAAACAUCAAGAAGAUAUGAUUUCCAGUCAAGAUUAUAAAAUAAAGGAUUACGAAGCCACGCUUAAGCAAAUGAAUUCUAAUUUAUCACACAAUAAGGUAUUGUUUGAGAAGGAAUUAGAUUAUUAUCAAAAUCUUAUAUCGAAUUUACAGCUGAAAGUUAACCAUUUAUCAAAUGAGUUAUUAACUAAAGGUGAAGAAAACUUUGAAUUACGAGAUAAUUAUGAACGAAUGAUGAAAGAUUUUAAGAUUCUUCAAGCCAAUUAUGAACUUGAACAAAACUCAAAGUCCGUUUUACUUGAGCAAGUUGAAAAUUUAUCCCUGAAAGUUAACCAAUGGAAUCUUCAUUCUCACGGCUGCGAAACCAAUAGGUAUUCGUUGCAGAAUCAACAAUCAUCAAAUACAUCUGAAAAUCAAAUCAUUGAAGAAGAACAAGAGUCAUCUCAUUCAGUUAUACGACUCUCUAUGAUUCACACUCUGACAGAUGAUGAAGAGGGUGAUUUUCAAGGAGAAGAAGAUGUUGAAAUACAGAAUGUGGAUUUUGAGGACGAUGAAGAAGAGGAUGAGAUUGAUGAUGAUGAUGAUGAUCUGUCUAACUUGUUGUCUUAUCUCGAUCAAGAAUUGAAACUUAAUUCUUCACGAGUACCAAUUCGGAAUACAUCUCAUCAAUCAAUUGAAGUUUCUGAAAACUUUAAGUUCCCAUUAAGCUCCAGUCAUAAUUAUAAUGCCAAUAGAUGCUCGUUUGCUUUCACACUGACUCCUUUCCGGAACUCGUUGAUUCAAGGUCUGCAACAACAAGAAAAUAUUAAUAAUAACGUUACCAAUAAGCGGAAUUCUGUUCCUGCUUUCUGUGCCAACAAUAGAUUAAGUAUGGAAACUGUUCCUGAUACUGAUGAUGAUGAUACAGAUGGGUCAAGUUCUUCAUCAAAAUUUAUUCUAUCACCAUUUAAGCUACACUCUCAGAUGUUUGAGCUGACGGCAGGAGGCGCAGGCGCAUCUGGAAUAGCAGUUUCUGGAAGUGAUAAUCAUGGAAAUUCAGAUUUCAAAAAAUUGUCUACCAACAAAGCUACAGCAUCAACGGGUACCACCACAAGAAGGUUUAGUCGUUCCUUUCCUAGACAUGCACGGUAUAAUUCGCAUGAUAUAAUUCCAAUUAAAGUUGAGUUUGAACAAGAAUCCAUACAAGAAUCUCCUGACCAUCGUAUCAUGUCUUAUCCCGAACAAGGGUCGUCAUUUGCCAAAAUCAAUGAAGAAGAUCAAUUCCAUAUGGAAACUUUUAUUAAAUUGAAUCAAGCAGCAGAUAGAAGUCUGAUCAAUGUAUCAUCUGGUUUGAAACUGACGUCUAAUAGAAACUCACUUAGCAGUCGUGCUAGCAGUGUUUAUAUGGAUCAGGAUAUGACAAAACAAGAAAUCAUGAAAUUGAAAUUUGAAUUACAAAGUCUUAAAUUACAUAAUGAAAAGCUUUUAAGUUAUAUUGGAUUCGAAUUACAGAAACAGAAGAAGAAUAUUAGGAAAUUGAAAAGUCAAAAUGGAUUACGAGUGAAUCAAAAUAAUCAUUCUAAAUCAAGAUCACUGUCAGGAGGGAUCUCUUCACCUUCACGGAGUAGUAAACCAACUACCAUGUCAAAUUCCGAUUCCCGAAAAAGAUAUGAAUAUUCUGAUGCCAAAUUAAUUGAACAAAGUAAAGAAGAAUUGAUAUAUAAGAAGCGAGUUCUUCGAUCAAUAUCUAUAAAUCCCAUUAUGUCAAUCAUAAAUCCUGCUAAAGGUGAAGAUCAUUAUGGAUUUCUAACCCAUCGAGAUACAUUUGGGAAGCGGAUAUUUCUGAAUGGAUUGCAUGUAUACUUACAAGCUGAUGAAGGAAGUGAACAACCAACUACAAACGAAGGUGGUUCAAAGUCUGCAGUUCGGAAAUAUAAGUCACAAACAUUCAACAGAGUGAUUAACAGUGAUUAUAGUGGGAUUGAGAUCUCAAGUGAUAGUGAAGAAGUUGGAGAUGAAUUUACAACUUCGGAUGAAAGUGAAGAAGAAGAAACAAUUACAUUAUUGAAGCAAGUCAAAUGGCUUAUAUUUGGAGAACAUUAUCAUAAACGGCAUCGCAAGAAGGUUGAACCCAAAUUAGUGGAUGAUCAAUUGACUUAUAAGUUUUUAAGCAUAGCCAUUGGGAUUAUCAUCAUUGGGGUUAGGUUUCUGCACCCCGAGAUAAAUAAAGAGGUAUAG